AUGGCUGACCCUACCCCACCAAAGUCAAAGCCUGUCCUGGCCGACCGCUACAAAGUCCCAUCCGAGCAACUCACCGACGGCGCGGUAACACUGCGCCGAUGGCACCUGCGAGACGCAAAAGCUCUUCUCGCGGCCGCGGUCCCAUCCCUACCCGAGCUGAAGAUCUGGAUGCCCUGGGCCGCCAACGGCUACACGCUCGCGGACGCCGAGUCGUUUCUCAGCAUCAGCACCGCGGACUGGGACCGGGGAGCGGGCUACAACUACGCCGUGCUUGUCGACGCGCAAGUCGUCGGCUCCGUCGGUCUCAUGAACCCGGCUCAGGGCCCCGACGGAAUGGGCAUCGGGUACUGGCUCGCCACGUCCGUAACCGGCCGUGGCCUGGCUUCCAAGGCUGCCGCGCUGCUGACCCAGACGGUGUUUGACUGCGGCGCGGAGCUCGUGCAGAUUUGGCACGCGGUGACCAAUGCAAAGAGCCGGGCGGUUCCUGAGAGGCUGGGAUAUCGGUAUUUGGGCGAGCACGAGGAUCUGCAGAUUUCGGAGCGUGGAGUAAUGGGCCUCUGGCAAAAGGACGCGCCGACGCAAUCGUAA